AGUCCUGGAGGGGCUGUUUGUUACGACAGGCAGACCCCGCGAGCUCAGCUGGGGCUCUGCAGUGUCAUGCCCUGGAGCCCCCUGGCUGCGCUGAGCUGGGCGCUGGUGCUGCGGCUGCUGGCAUUGCUGCGGUCCCCGGGGCUGGGUGAGGCGUGCACUUGCGCGCCUGCGCACCCCCAGCAGCACGUCUGCCACUCAGCUCUAGUAAUCCGGGCAAAAAUCUCCAGUGAGAAGGUAGUUCCUGCCAGUGAAGACCCCGCUGACACUCAAAAAAUGAUCCGGUAUGAAAUCAAACAGAUAAAGAUGUUCAAAGGGUUCGACAAGGCCAAGGAUGUUCAGUAUGUCUACACACCAUUCGACUCUUCCCUCUGUGGUGUGAAACUAGAAACCAACAGCCAGAAGCAGUACCUUUUGACUGGUCAGAUUCUCAGUGAUGGAAAAGUCUUCAUCCAUCUGUGCAACUACAUUGAGCCCUGGGAGGACCUGUCUUUGGUGCAGAGGGAGAGUCUGAAUCAUCACUACCCCCAGAACUGUGGCUGCCAAAUCAUCACUUGCUAUGCGGUGCCCUGUACCAUCUCAGCCCCCAAUGAGUGUCUCUGGACAGACUGGCUGCUGGAACGGAAGCUCUAUGGGUACCAGGCCCAGCACUAUGUCUGCAUGAAGCAUGUUGAUGGCAUCUGUAGCUGGUACCGGGGCCACCUACGCCUCCGGAAGGAGUACGUUGACAUCAUCCAGCCGUAGUAGGGACCAGUGACCACUACAUCCCUGGAAAGAGUCCUGAAGACCAAGCCAGUUCUCUGUGGUACUCUGACCAUCACCACCUGCCAUGUUGCUGCCAGAUGAUGGGAAGUGACAAGUGGGUGGCCUGGCCAGCACUGUGGCAGCUGUGGAGCAUGCGACAGCUUAAGUCCACAUCUCCAGCUCACAACUUGUCAAGGGCUGGGGAAGGUAGUAUGACUUAGCUGCCUUGCCCUCAGCCCUCUCCCUUGUCUCCCAAACCUUGUUAGUCUAGUUUAUACCUAUUACUGAAAGUUCUUCUUCUGGCUUUGUUUUCUCCAGCCAGGAGAAUAUACGUUCCUUUUCUUAGCUCCUAUGGUAAGGGAGGAGCUGUAAGUGUCAUAAGACAGUACAACCUUGUGAUGUACGCUAUGGAAGGGGUGACUGUAUCCUGAGUGGGCUGCUUGGCUGAAAUGUAAAGAAUACACUAAAGCUCCAUAUCCUCUA